UCUCCAAAACUAUCGUUUUCACUUUUGUAAAUGUAUCCAAAACAACUUGAGCUAUACAAGUACGCCCUAGAUACCAUGAACAAGAACGAGAAUGUGGAGAGAAAGGAGACGAUGAGGAUCGAUGAUAGAGGAAGAGAAGACGAAGAGGACGAAGAGAAGAAGAUUGAUACCUUCUUUAAACUCAUCAAGAACUAUCAAGAAGCACGAAAACGUCGACGAGAAGAGCUUGCUGAAAAUUCUAGCGGCGUUAGGAAGAAAUCAAACAGCGGGGAGAGGUCCGCUGUAGCAGUUCCGGCGUUUCAGCCGGAGGAUUUCUCUCAGCGUCGUACGGAUUUGAAGCCAUUGAUGUCUGUUUUGGAUCACAAGGAAGAUAGUACAAAGGUGAAAGAAGAAGAAGAGACACAAGAACAAAAAGAAGACAAGGCUUUGGAUCUUAAUCUUACAUUGUAGUUAAACUAAUCUAUUUUCAAUUUUUUUCAUGCUUCAUUUAUGAGUUGUGAUUAAUAAAUCUCUCAUUUGACUAAACUCAAACGUGUGUCGGAUCAU